GCAAGUAUCACAAGCAUCUAAGCAAACUUAGCCCAAGACAAGCAUUUUGCCACCGUCGAUUAUAAUUUAAAAUUUCCAAGUUUAUUGGUUGGACAGUCGAUUAACACUCAAAGAGUGUGUAGUAAAAUCCUACAAUCUUUCACAAAGUCAAAAGUGUACUGCAAAGAGAAAAAAACUAGGAGAGGCAUAUAUCCAGGUAGUAUUAUUUUCAUAGCCCUUGUUAUAUACAGUAGUAACUAACAUUAACCUAACCAAAAAAAUAUUAAGAAAGUUUUUUGAUCCAUGGCUUCCAUUUCUUCCUCGAAAACCCUGAAGACAACCACUUUGUUUUUCUGUCUCUUAGUCCUCCAAUUAUCCCUCAUCAAAGGUCAAGGACCUCAAGGUGGAAAUGAUCAGAGCAGCAGCGAUAAAGUAAAUUUGCACUCAAAGCAGUUGAUUCUUGUUAAAGUAUGGUGCUUGAUAAUCCUACUAGUAAGCACUUUUGCAUUUGGGAUCUCUCCCUACUUUUUUCGAUGGAAUGACAGCUUUCUUCUCUUGGGAACGCAAUUUGCUGGUGGGGUUUUUCUGGCAACCUCUCUGAUCCAUUUCUUGAGUGAUUCAGCUGGGACCUUUGCAGACCUCACAACCAAAACAUACCCUUUUGCAUUCAUGUUAGCAUUGGCAGGUUAUGUUUUGACAUUGCUUGCUGAUUGCAUAGUGGCUCAUGUUACAAGUGGUGUCAAAAGAGAUGCUAGAGUUCUGGUAGUGGAAGAAGGAAGGACACCUGAGGAGCAACCUAAAGAGGCGCAUGUUGAUGUCAACCCGGAGUUUUUGAGGACAACCUCUUUUGGAGACGCCUUACUACUCAUCCUCGCCUUGUGCUUUCAUUCUGUAUUUGAGGGUAUUGCUGUGGGAGUUUCAGCUACGGAGGGUGAAGCAUGGAGGAAUCUUUGGACAAUAUCCUUGCACAAAAUGUUUGCAGCCAUUUCAAUGGGAAUAGCAUUGCUCAAGAUGCUACCAAAGAGGCCAUUUCUUUCAACUGCGGCUUAUUCAUUUGCUUUUGCUAUAUCUAGCCCUGUUGGAGUUGGAAUUGGCAUUGCUAUUGAUGCCACAACUCAAGGACAAACAGCUAAUUGGAUCUAUGCUAUCUCAAUGGGCAUUGCUUGUGGGGUUUUCGUCUAUGUUGCCAUCAACCAUCUUAUGGCAAAAGGAUACACACCCCAAUCUGAAUGUUAUUUUGACACUCCAUUCUACAAAUUUCUUGCUGUCCUACUUGGAGUGACCGUUCUAGCGAUUGUGAUGAUCUGGGAUACAUAAAACGUCUUUUAUAUUGGGUUUCCUUGUUUGACAGUGUGAAUGUGUGAUAAUAUAUAAUUUAUGUAAUUUCUUUGGCUUAUUGGCUAUACCAAAUUACCUGUGUGUGCACUCAGUCUUUAAAGUCUGAGAAAGUAUCAUUUCCUUAAUUUUGGUUACUCUCCUGUAUUUUCUACAUGUAUUUCUUCUAUUUUUUUGUUGCUAAUAUGUAUGUCUUCUAAUGCAUUGUUAAUAAGAAGUUAAUUUUUUGCUA